AUGCCACCUCAAAAUCCACACAUAACAAUAAUCGGGUCCCUAAAUAUCGACUUUGUAACAACAACCCCCCGCUGCCCAGGUCCAGGCGAAACGCUCACAGCAACCUCGUUGAGCGUGCUAGCGGGCGGAAAAGGCGGCAACCAAGCCGUAGCAGCAGGCCGCGCCUCAUUUACAUCAAAAGAGAAACAAGAUGUAACUGUGAGCAUGAUUGGCGGCGUUGGUGCCGAUGAUCCAUACUAUACCACACUCCUCCAGCCAGCACUGGAGAAAUCGGGUGUUGACACGGGAUCGAUUGAAGAGUCUGUUACUGCGCAGACUGGGUCUGCGAGUAUUAUCGUUGAAGAAGGGAGCGGGGAGAAUCGAAUUCUUGUUGUUCCCGGUGCGAAUCACAGUGGGUUGAUGGGUGAUGUGGAUGGGAUUGUUCGUGUUACGCAGCGGUCUGAGGUUGUUGUUUUGCAGGGUGAGAUUCCGCGGGAGACGACUGACGGGGAGGGGGAGGCCAAGGUUGUUUUUAACCCGGCGCCCGUUUACCCUGAAGGCAUUCCGCUUUCUGCGUUGCGUGGUACGGCUGUUUUGAUCAUGAAUGAGACGGAGGUUGUGCAGAUGGCGAGGUCGAUUGCUGGGCUUCCUGUUCCGGGGGAUGUUUGUGUUGAUGAUGACCAGUUUGAUCCCGCUGACUUUGCGGGGAAGUUUCAUGAGAUGGCUGGGGUUGAAGUUGUUCUUAUUACGCUUGGUGCUAAGGGUGUUUAUUUCUCUACUCGCGCUGGGAAAUGUGGGACUGUUACCGGUGUGAAGGUUGCUCAAGUCGUUGAUACCACUGCGGCAGGGGACACGUUCGUUGGGUAUUUCUCGACUGCUGUGGCGCGCUUCCUUGCUACUGGGAAGGGGUUGGACGAGUUUGAAGAGGUUGAACAGGCUGUCUCGGUGGCUAAUGCUGCUGCGGCAAUGUGUGUGCAGCGUCGGGGUGCGAUGCAAAGUAUUCCAUUUGCUUAUGACAUGGAGUGA